GAGUCAGACUUUGCGACAGGUCGUCACAGGAAGUCGCCGGCGCCUUCGCUAAGUGGAAACCGAUGGCUACCGUCCUCCAUAGUCAACUACAUUAACUCUAUUUCCCAGCUACUGCAUACCUGGUGGAGUGGUGCUAUGUCUUCGGGGAUGACUGGGCAAACACCAUGCCUAAGCAGCCGAUGGGAUCAGCGAACCCAACCAAAAGAGAGCGUGGACGUGAGGCAGCAGAGGAACAGUCAAAGUGAAGCCCAUCCGGUCUCUUUAGCAGGAGUUGUCAACCCUGCUAAUUCAAACCGUACACUCUCUCAACCUCAACAAACGGCAACAGAAAUGCCUGCACCUCAGGGAGGUGUUGAGAUGGCUGCAGCCAUGGCUGCUAAAAUUAAUGCCAUGUUAAUGGCAAAGGGAAAGCUGUUGACUCCUCCCCCAUUACUUGCAAAGAUUGCCCCAAGUGUGCCUGUGCCAACCACCACAGAGGAGAUGGUCAUCACAGAAGUCGACAUCAAUGAUGUACCACUGAACUGCAGGGACCUUCUUACUAAAGGCAAAACACAGGAAGAUAUCCGACAGUGCACCGGUGCAAUCGUUACAACAAAAGGUCAUUACAUGUCUGAUUCUGACAGAGAUAAAGCAGGACAAAGACCAUUGUACUUGCAUGUUCGGGCAAAGACACAGGAGCAGGUUAAUAAGGCUGUGAUUAGGAUAAAGGAGGUUAUCUCUGAGGAAGUGCUGAGAGCAUCAGCAGCAUCAGGAGGACAACAUGUACCUGUAAUGCCUCCACUCACCCUCUACCCUCAGCCUCCUCGGCCCGUCAUCCCCACUUCUGCUCCACGGAUGCCAAACACCAACUCAACACCGAGUCAGGGGCAUAGACCUGCAGCCCCUCAUUCAGGGAGUUUUGUGCACACAAAGAUUUUUGUGGGUCUGGACCAGGCGUUGCCUUCAUUUAACGUGAAGGAAAAGAUCGAAGGUCCAAGUGGUACAUACUUGAGUCACAUCCAGACAGAGACGGGGUCUCGAGUCUUCCUCAGGGGAAAAGGUUCUGGCUACAUCGAACAAGCUUCAAAGCGAGAGUCUUUUGAGCCUCUUUAUGUUUACAUCAGCCACCCAAAUUCAACUGGAUUGGAGGCAGCGAAGAAACUCACAGAGAGUCUGCUGGAAACUGUGAGAGCUGACCAUGCCAGAAUGGUGACGGUGUACACGGCCACAGGCUCGACACAACCAUACGCAGCACAAGGAUUUCCACCUAAUAGCAAUUACUCUUGCCAGGGAUCCUGGUAUAACUACUCAGCAAAUGGUUAUGCUGGUGGCUAUUCAGCAUAUCCAGGAGACCGUGGUUAUUGGAGUAAUGCAAAUGGUCCACCAAGUCAUUCUAACAUGUCGACAAACCCUCCAUCUUCUCAGGCAAUGGUUCAGUAUCCGGUGUGUCCCAGGAAACCACAUCCCUAUCUCGUCCAGGACCCUAGUAGCAGUGAAACAGCAGAAUCUGAAGGUACUGUAAGCACCCCACCUGACUCGGGAAGUCCCAAACGACAGUUCCAGGAGGAGCCGGAGGAGGAGCAGCCAACCAGCUGUUCUCCAGAAGCUCCUGCACAUCAGGAGUCUGCGCUUCCUGUCUCCAGUGUCGGGCCGGAAAAAGCCGUAGAAAGGACUCUGAUGCCUCCUCCACCCCCUCCCCUCUUUGUGGCUCCUGCUCCUGUUUCACGCAAAAGGCAGAGAGAAGUGGCGGCAGACGAGCCGGCCGGUCUGAGCAGAGACACCGUGGCGAUGGGUGUUCAAGAGGAUUUACACAAGAGGAAGUUUAAAGUGGUCGAAGAUGCAUCUGGGCUUGUGCCCUACGGGGGAGAUUCCUCCGAUGAAGAGGAGGAGAGGACACACAGCAGUAAGACAUAACUCCUAACCCUAGCCCUGCUCAUCCCACACUGUCCAGGACACUCACAGACCCAAAUUCUUGAUUCAGUUCUGAAGAAAAAAAAUCCACCUGUUGAGUUAUCUUCCACUGUUUUUAGGACAAUACCAGUGUUUUUGCCAAGGUGCAAACUGUUAGUACAGGCUUCACAGCACUACAGUGGUUCCUCACAAUAAAAGAGUGCCCAGUUUGAAUCCCAGGCUGACCAGGACUUUUCCGUGUCAAGCUUGCAUGUUCUCCUAGUGAGUUUGUGUUGGGGAUUUUUCCAGGUACGCUGGCUUCGUCCCGCAGUCCAAAGACAUUCUGAUAGGACGGACUCUAAAUUGCCCAGAGGUUUGAGUGCGAGUUGUACUUUCUGGAAUCCCCAUAAGAAUUCACACAGCAGUAUUUUUACCAGAUCAACGUAUGGCAGUAACUGGGCCUGGAUAUUUGUCAUUGUAUGCAUUUGACAAACCAGUCACUGAUAAGUAGUUAAGGGUUCUGAGGGCUUUCUUUCUCAUCACUUUAACAUCUUUUCAGCUCCUCUGUUAAUUAUCACAUGGAAAAGGGAACUCGACGUCACCUGUACUGGUAACCCGUAAACUUAUACUGGUACAUAAUGGUCUUCCUUUUUUUUUUUUGGAUGUUUGCUGCUUUCCUGGACUCUUAUGAAGGGUUUUUAUUUAUUUGUCCUGUUGUCCUUGGUUUCUUCCCACUUAUCCAUUAUUAUUUGUAAUCUCUCUCAUACACACUUGGUGUGAAGAUACUGCUUUUAGUCUAAAGCUUGGGCCUUCUUAAAUGUUCAUCCACCUUACGCGGCAAAUGUAAAAUCUGCAUUUGUUUGUCGCCAAACCAGUUGAAACUCAAACACCGUGGCUUAACUUUUGAGGAUGUGGUUCUUUUAUUUCAUUUCAUUACUUAGUCUCUUUUCCUUGUGGUGUUGUAUUUUAGCAGUUAUAGUUAAAUUAUCAUCAUCUCCAUUAAAUAAAUAAAAAAAAAAAAGGUCCAGGAAAGUCACAAAUGUCAUUAGUAGCUAUUUUCAACAGUUUGGAAAUAUUCAGGGUGGAUUUCUUUAAAAAAAAAAAAUGAAAUUAGUGCUGGGCGGUAUACCAGUUAUUGUUUUUGUAUACCCUAAGACCGGUAUAUGAAAAACAACAUCCAUGCUAAGGGCUUAGCUGAAGAGGUAACUGCAGGGAUGCUCAGUUUACUCCACCAACUGAAGAGAAAUCACAUCUGAAAGUAACAAAAAUUUAUUAUGCAUUAAAAAAAAAUGACAGAUGAAAACCGUUGAAAUAUUUUAAAAUACCGUGAUAUAAAUCUUUGGUCGUACCGCCCAGCACUAGAUGAAAUUGCUUUGUGUCACAACCAAUAUUUUUCUUCUUAAAACAUUUAUUUUUUAUUCAAGCAAUUUUUUGUUUUUGGAAUUUCAACUCUUGUCUGCUGCAGUGACUGAUGGCAUAAGUACAUAUUGUAAAAUUCACUUAAAAGUUUUUCUUAUCUUGGAAAAUGGUGUAUGCCUGUUCCCAUGGAAUAUUAUAAUAAAAAUCAACAGAAAACC